UUGGACAGAACAGCUGUUCAAAAGGAAAAAGAAAACAAAAACAAAUCGCGCUAAUUUCCCCUUUUUGGGAUUAAUUCUUGUUCCUGGACAUCCUGACGGAAUGGAAGCACUCUGCCGAUUGUGUUUGUCAAGGGAUUGCCACAUAAAAUCAAUAUCUGACUAUGAAUUCCAGAAGAAUCGUCCUGGUGAGUUGCAACAGCUCAUUGAAGAGGCAACUGGGAUUCAGAUUGAACAGGAUGACUUGGCAAAGGGUCUGUGCACUUGCUGUGCCGGGAUGGUGGUUUCUGUUGUGAAAUUCCGGAGGAAAUGUCAAAAAAUCAACAUGAAAAUGCAAUGUAUGAGACAGGAGUCCCUAAAGGAGGAAUACCCAGCGUAUGAUGAGGAGUUCCUUUGGAAUUACCCGGAAAAUACGAAGGAAGAGAUUGAAUAUUUGGAGUACAGUGUCACAGAGGUAGCCGAAGUGAAGGAUAUUGAGAUUCCUCCUCCUGAAUCCCCGGAUUCCCUCUUGGGGGAUCACGAAUUAAACGAGGAGGACUAUGUGAAUAAAUGGCGGAAGAAGAAGAAGCCCCCGGGGAAGGUAAUCUUCCCCAAAGACCCAGGAUUGUGUGAUAUAUGUGGGAAACAUUUCAGCUACAUCCGCUCGCACAAAUUGGCACACAUGACCUACAUGAAGCACGAAUGUGGGGUGUGUGGGAAGCGCUUCCGGACAAGUAGUAAUCUCCGGAAGCACGAAAAGUACCACGAAGAGCCCCAAUUCUCGUGCGAAAUCUGCGGGAAGCGAAUGUACAGCAAAGUAAAGCUGAAAUAUCACAUUAUGACGCAUACAGAUGAGCGCCCCUUUGCCUGCCAAGUCUGCCAGAAGGGCUUCCGCGAUAAGAAGCACCUCGUUGUGCAUUUUCGCAUUCAUACUGGUGAGAAGCCCUACGUGUGCCCCAUUUGUGAUGCACGCUACACAACUCUCGCAGGACUAUCGCAGCACCGGAAGCACAAUCAUCGACCAAUUGCCUAAAAGGACCUCCCCCCAAAUAAAACUUUCCGUGAUUUCUUAAAUCAAUCUCUUUGUAUUUCUCUUUUAAAUUAAUUAUUAAAUUUCAAUUCAGUACACUCCACACAUAAACUAAAAAAUAUAAUAAAUGUGCUUCCUAAGAGAUCCUUAAAA